CAGACCGUCGGACAGCAGGCAUCCACUUACAAGUCGUUAUUCAGCAGGUUAGACACGAACUGGCUUUCAGGUUGAGAACUGAGUUUAUCAGUUUAUAUUAUCACAAUUUUCAUACGCUAUUUCGACGUGAAAACAUGUCUCGUUCUUUGCUAAAGCUGGUGGUUGUAGCUUUUGUCUAUUUAUCGCACGGAAGCCAGGCUAAGUCGUGUAAAGGCUGGGCGAAAUAUACUUUGACUUUCCAAGGAGAAUGGUCUAGCGCGUCUCAUCCAAAAGACUUUCCUUCAGAUCCACAUUUCUCGUCUCUCGUCGGUUGCAGCCAUAAAAGUACAUAUGUAAUGUGGACACCAGGGAAAAAAGCGUCCCAGGGAGUGCAAAAUGUGGCAGAAACAGGUGCUUUUAGUGUAUUGGAGAGUGAAAUGGACACUCAAAUAUCGUCGAAGAACGCCCAUAAGAGAUACCGUCGUCCUACAAUUCGUCCUGGCACAGCAAAGCAAACCAUCCCUGACAUCGAAGUCACCUCAGAAUAUCCUCUUGUGUCCUUCAUUACCAUGAUAGCGCCCUCACCUGAUUGGUUCGUUGGUGUCCACGACUACGAUUUAUGCAACAGAACAUCCGGGGAAUGGCUGGACUCGAGAGCACGUGAUCUUCCCCCGUAUGAUGCAGGAACUGACAGUGGGCUCACCUUUAAAAGUCCAAAUGACCCAACCUCACCACAUGUAAAUAUUCACAUCCUCACAAAUAACACAGAAGGCUCCUUUAAAGGCGAUAAGCCCGUCAAGAGAUUUGGAACUUUCACUUUCACGAAGACUUCGGAAAACACCACCGCUCUACCAACAGAAAAAACAACAAAAAAUACAACAGGAAACACAACAGAAAACCCAACAGGCACAGCUAACCCAUGUACAAAUUUCAAUGUAUCUUUGUUUUUGAUGUUAUGUUUCCUAAACAUCAUUCGCAUUUUAUAAGCGUUCAUAUGACACUUUGAACACAAGACCGAUAAAAUAUUGACUGACGCUAGUUAAGUUUUAGCUUCCAAUAAUGUGCGUAACAUCAUAAAGUCAAUUAUAUCCUUCAUAUUUUCACAAUAAUAGUUGAAUGAAAUCGUACAAACUACAAAACACUUAAUGCUCAUGUAUAUCCGAAUAAAUCCAAUAUAUGUUUUAACGCACAACCUUGCCUGCCUGUAAUUAAUAUAGUUCUUUAAAAGCUUGUAAAAUGAGUUGAUUAUUAAAAAA